AUGUCUCACCCGUCGGAUGGACGUCGGUCUAGUGAUUCUCGACAACCCCUCCCUCCACUGACUACUGACCUAUUGGACCCUUCGGCUUCCUCAUUGCAGCAACAAUUAUGGGACAGACAGCCCGGCGAGCGGUCUCCUGCGACACCCGGGGGAGGUGCCGGGGGGGAUGUUUCUGGCCAGGUCGGGGGUGUUAGUGGGAAUGGUGGGACUGAUGGCAAUGGCGUUAUCUCCCAUGGAAACUCGCCAAAGUCACACACUCGGAUAUGUCAAAAAUGUGGAAAUGCUCUUACUGGCCAAUUCGUACGGGCGUUGGGAGGAACAUAUCAUCUGGACUGUUUCAAGUGUAGGGUGAGUAUUGUUUUAUAUAUUUUUCUUCUCCUCCUCGGGUUGGAUCUGUUUUCCCCGAAAGUUUCUCAAGGGUUCUCCGCUCUUCAGGUUUUACUAACUUUUCCGCUAUUCUAAGGAUUGCGGUACAAUAGUGGCUUCGCGAUUUUUUCCGGUCGAUGAGGGGGAUGGCCAAGGACAGUACCCGCUGUGCGAGACCGACUAUUUUCGCCGUCUGGAUCUACUGUGCCAUGAGUGUGGUGGAGCUUUGCGCGGAUCUUAUAUCACUGCGUUGGAGCGCAAAUACCACAUCGAACAUUUUACGUGCUGUGUUUGCCCAACGGUUUUCGGGCCGCAGGACUCGUACUACGAGCAUGAUGGAAAGGUUUACUGCCACUACCAUUAUUCGACCCAGUUUGCGGCAAGGUGCAAUGGAUGCCAAACUGCCAUAUUAAAGCAAUUUGUGGAAAUAUUUCGAAACGGACAAAACCAGCACUGGCAUCCCGAAUGUUAUAUGAUCCACAAGGUCAGUUCCGAUCGCUUUUUGCCAAAAUGGGGAAGAAAUUUCGGGUUUAUACCCGCGUAUUCUCAUCUAAUUUUUUGACUUUGUUUUUCCUAGCCUUCACCCCCCACCAUCUUCUACGGUCGUGAGCUAAUGCUUGUCAUUGGAUCUAGUUUUGGAACGUGCGACUUGCGCCCGUGGAUACGGGAGAGCCCAAAUCUCCCACUGUCGAGGAUCCUACCAACGCUCGAAGGUCUCUGGUUCGGGAGGCAGAGGAAAAAAUGGAGGAUAAGGUGUUCCGUAUCUGGAGUGUUCUGUCGUCUUUCGAGGAAUCGUCUGCCGCCUGCAUUAGUGAUAUGCUUUUGCAUGUUUCAAAUGGCGCAUACGUUGACGGAGUAUUCGUGGCAGAGAGGUUUAUCUGGCAUGUUGAAAUUCUGUUUGGGUCUGCGGAUACAUUGGACGUGCAACUUUUUAGUGUGGCUGCGAAGGGUAAGCCCUCUUAUUGUGCGCGUUGUGCAGGUUGUACGGCAGUUCUCCGUAGCAGCUUAGCUCUUCGAGAUACUGGUUGGCCUAUUAUAUUUAUAGAUCAUCAAGCUGACAGACCGAUCUUGACUUUAAUUUAGGUUUGACCUACUCAAGAGAGGCCAAGUUACUCUGUAAAAAGAUUGUUGCAUUCUUUAGUCUUCUCUCAAAAACCCAGGACACUGGCGUUCGGAAACUUGGUGUAACACAGGAACUUCUGUCACUUGUGACAGGACUCGCCCACUAUCUCAAGCUUUUAAUACGUAUCACGUUACAAGGUGCACUGCGACUGGUAUAAAACCCCGCAUCCCAAAGUUUUAACGCGAAGAUUGUCUAAUAAUAAACCACUCUCCAGGAGAGGGAGCACAACAAUGUGGAAGCGUUAAGGAUUUUCCUGGAAGAACUAUCUGACUUGGAGACUGCUAAAGAGGGAAAACAGUCUCUUGAAUUAACUCAAGGGAUGUCAGAGAACCUCGCGGAAGAGAACUCAGAUUUAUGCGUCAACUGUCAUACGACUAUUGAGGAGGAGUGUGCAAAGUGCGGGGAUCGCAGAUGGCAUAUGAGCUGCUUGACUUGUUCUGGCUGUAAGCGCGAGUAUAAAGGAAAUUUGGAGGACAGGCUGUGGUUCCCGUCGGAGCAGCGCGUCGUUUGCCGAGCAUGCGGGUCUCAGAUCAAUGAUAAGCUCGUUCCAUUCGAGCGUGCAUCACGCUUGAAGCAAUAUGUCUACCUUCUCCGAGUAGCUCUCGCACGGCUGUUGUUGAGACUAAGACAAGGAGCAAAUCUACCCCACACCUCAGGUAAGGCAAUGUUCGCCCCUUCCCUGAUGGGUGCCAUAAGUGAUUUUAAUUCUUUAGCAGACGACCCCAAUCUGCGGACGUAUGAUUCUAAUGAAGGGCACAAAGUCGACCUUGACCCGCCUCUUCUUCGCUCCGAUACCCGAUCAAAGUCAUAUGGUGGAGAGCAAACGGACUCCUACACUAAUACGAUCAACGACAUUCGGAGGUUGCGCUCCACACGUCUUGAUAGGCAGCUUGGGAGCUCGGCGAAGAAGGCUCGGCAAUCGCGCAUUAUCGAGGGACCCGAGGCUGAUAGUGUACGACCGGGGUCGUCGGAAGGUGCGCCCAGUGGACAAGAUAGGGACAGGCGUCGCGAUACAGCCCAGUUCCGGAUAGUCGAGGAUCGGGAUAUCAACGGGGAGCAUGUUGUCGAGCCUACGUUUGGCGAUGAUAAGAUACUUACCCUAGAUGAUAUACCUAGGAUUGUUGCAGCCGAGCAAGCUCGAGAACAACGCCCAAAUGCCUUUAAACACCAGAAGCACAGUCCCUACGAACCCACCCUACCGGGGCAGCCGCGUCUGAUUAAUGGGAACCAGAGGGAUCUUUCAGGCGAUAUGCUGCGUGAGAUGGAAGGCCCCAGAGAGCCGGGACCGCCUACGCAACUGAGGUCCGCUAAGCGCUAUUUCUCGGAGUUGUCGGCCAUCGACUAUUUCAUUGUCCGACACAUCGCGGUCUUAUCAAUGGAACCCUUGGUGGAAGGCCAUUUCAACUUGGAGGAGCUAUUGGGUCUUAUUGAAACAAAUAAGAAGACGUUUUGGGGGAAAUUUGGCAGAGCGUUUGCCCCCACUGAGAAGAAGAAAGGCGGCAAGAAGAAAGGUCUUUUCGCAGAUCUCGUCAUACGCAGAAUUGAGGCUUUGAAGCUUACAAAAACAGGUGUCUUUGGCGUGGCGUUGGACCAACUCGUCGAGAGAGAUGGCGCGGAGUCAAGUAUGGGCGUCGGCCCAGGCGCCUUACGGAUACCAGCGAUACUGGAUGAUGCAGUGGUUGCCAUGCGGCGGAUGGGUAUGAUGUUUCCCCUAAUUAUCUUCCGUUAUUCGGGCGAGGUGACUGAAGUUUUGGGUAGAUAUGUCCGUCGAAGGGGUUUUCCGGAAGAAUGGGAAUAUUCGAAGGCUCAAGGAACUCGCGGAGGCGAUAGAUAAGGGCGAGGGGCAUGUCGAGAUGUCCUCCGAGGGCCCGGUCCAGAUUGCCGCCCUUCUGAAGAAGUUUUUACGUGACCUUCCGGAUCCAUUGUUAACAUUUAAACUCCACCGAUUAUUCGUCACGACCCAAAGUAUGUAUUUCACUCGAGUUUUGUUGUUGGGAUCCUGUGACUGAACGCACGACACAGAAAUCACCGAUGAGGAUAAGAAACGACGUAUUCUUCACCUCGCGUGCUGUCUUCUGCCUAAGAGCCACAGGGACUCUAUGGAAAUUCUCUUCUCCUUCCUUAACUGGGUUGCAUCCUUCUCGCACAUCGACGAAGAAUCAGGCAGUAAGAUGGACAUUCAUAACCUAGCAACAGUAAUCACGCCCAAUAUCCUUUACUCUUCAAAGAAAGCGGAAGCUGGGAUGGAUGACAGCUUUUUGGCGAUUGAGGCUGUGCACACAUUGAUACUGUGUAACGAGGCUAUGUGUGAGGUGAGACCUUCGUCCAUCCGUUCCGAUCUUUGAUAGAAUACCGUUGACAUGUCUUAAAAUAGGUCCCCGAAGAUUUGCUGUCCAUACUUAAUGACACAAACCUGUUCUCCCACGGCGCCGACGUCACCACGAAGGAUAUCCUCAAACGUUAUGGGGACCUGGUUAACAAACCAACUCCUGCUCGAACCCCCCAGGCCACGAGUUCGCCACCAAAAUCCAAGGAUGGUCGGCAACCUACUACACCGGUAUUUCACCGCGUUGAUACCGAUCCCUCUCAGAAUGUUGCCUGGCAGAAGGAAACUGCUGCACGCCAUGUCGGAAUGCCCUCCCAACAACAGCAACAACAGGCACCGCUAGGAGGGCCAAGUGGAAACAGUGAUCCCAAUCAAUAUCACCGACGCCACGGGCGUGGGGGUUCUGGGUCCAGCCAGGAUGAUGGGCUGGGGCAGAAUGGUCAACAGGGUGGCCAAAACGGGCAAGGCAAUCCGGAUGGCCAUGGGGCUCUGGGUGGACAAAACGGCUACACGGACAAUCGACAUCCCCAACAUCAACAGCAACAGUGGGGCAGAAGACCAGAGAACCAAUCUCGAUCACAGCCAUCGCAGGGACCUGGCGUUGGCGUAGCGAGACCGGCUGGGAGCGUAUAAAGCGGGGGCUGGCACAUAGGGUGUAGAAGGGAAAACCGAGUAUUUGGUCAAGGGAGGAAAAGUAUUUUAUUUUCAGAGAGUAUUCUUUGGCUUCGUUUAAUCCGCCUCUUUUUUUCUUUUUUUUUUUUAAUCAAAAUAACUUGCCCGUUUCCUCCAUUUGGGUAUCUUCGUUCUCCCGACUUGGAUUUUUUCUUCUUUUUCUCCACUUCUGGUUUGGCAAUUUAUUCUUUUCUUUUUCUCUCACGGGGGUUUUUUUUUUAUAUUUUAUUACAAGGCUCAGCUUUUUUUUUUUCGCGUGCAGGUGAAAUUAUUUCUUCUUUAUCUUCGUUGUGAUAUCCAUUGAUUGGUUGCUCGAGCCUUGCUCGCUUGGUUGCUUAUUUGCUUGUUCGUUGUUCUCAGACUUCUCACAUUCUCCUACUACCGGUAUUGCUGCUUGCCGCCAACGCUACUGUUGCUGCUGCUGCUGCUGCUGCUAGCUCCGUUCAUUGAUGUUAUUACCUUUUUUCCUUUUUCCUUUUUUUUUUUUUUUGGCAUCUGGGAUUGGAGUAUGGGGUACGAUAACUUGGACAUUAAGAGGGGAGGGUGGGGCUUUCUUUUCCUUCUAUCGUUCUUCUGUUUUAUAGGAAGUGUGUUUUGAUUUUUUUCCACCCUUUUUCACAAUACUUAUAUCAACUUGCAUACCGUACCUUUCUCCGACACCACCACCGUCACCACCACCUUCUCCUACCUCUUCUACCUUCACCUUCUACGCGCGCUGGGGAGGUCCCUACGCUCCAUUUUUCUUCCUUCCCCCUUCUUUUCUUCCUGUGUCUGAAUUAUCCUUUUUCCUCUACCGUGAACUAAAAAUGUUCGUAACUCUUUUCCUCUUCUGCCAUUUAUUAUACGUUCACCUGCUUGGCCCCAUCGUGUGGAUGGGUUCUAUUUUGCUGUCUGGAAAAGAAAAAGAAAUCAAAAUCAAAAUCACAACGUCCAACCAUCCUUUAGAGUUUCCUCUUUUUUAUGGUUUGUCCCAUUUUGUCCCGUUUCUGUUGCUGGCGCUGCAUUGGGUUGCGUUGGUUUGAGUUGAGGAUAUUUCCUUUUUUGCUGGUCGGCUGGCUGGUGUAGGAACGAAAAACGGGCAUCGUAUAUGUUGUGACAGUCCGGAGUUGUCUGUUGGGGAGCAGGGAGGAAUCAAGGGAGGUUUCUAUAAGACUAAGGAAGAAUGAGAAGGGCAAAAGGAAUGGCAAGAAGGGAAGAGGGAAAGGGUGGGAAUGAGGGUUCACAGGUUGUAUAAUAAUAUUAUGUAAUUUACUUUUUUUCUUUUUUUUCUUU